AGGGAAAACUGCUUUAACUAAGAACAUAAAACAGAGAUGGACAAAAAUUGAUUUCGCAACCCCCCUAUUUAUAUAAGAUUCGUCAAUCCGAAGCAAUAUCGUUUACCGUUUGACACUUCUGGAAGCAAGAAGAAUUCGUAAUUUAACGCCCUUAAACUGAUAUUCCCACAUUUUAUUGUUGGCUCUUUGAUCUGGGCAACUGAAAGCAAUGGAUCAGUCAAUGAUGGCAUGGAUGAGCAUGCAAAACCAGCAACAGAAUACAAUACAAAAUCAUCCUCAGAACCAGCAGAACAGUCAGCCCUGGACAUCUCAGUUCCACUUUUUUAAGUUAAUUGAGAACUUGGCAGAUGCUGUUGAAGGCGGAGUUAGAGAUCAACAUUCAGAUAUGCUGGUGAGUGAGUUGACAAUGCAGCUUGAGAAAUGCCAACAAUCACUAAAUUCUGUAGCUGGAUCCAAUGAUGCAACUACUGUUUCUGGUCAAAAGCAGAAGCUAGAAGAAUAUGAAAAGCAACUAAACCAUCGGAGGGAUUUGAUCACAAAGUACUUAGGUAUGGUGGACAACUACAUCGGAUCAUCGUGAUCUCAAAGAAAUAUGCCAGAAUGACAAAUAUGAGUAAUUUUCAGGAUCGAAGUCCCGUGUUAGGGAUAUGAUAUUUGUAGAUCUAAAGCUUGUAACUUUGCAUGUUUCCAAAUGAUGAAAGACAUAUUAAGAACUGUAAAACUGACAAUAUAACCAUUAGUGAAUUUCUGGUGUACUGUCGCAUCUUUCAACUGAAGUCAUCAUUGACAAGCUAGUUAUUGAAGUGUAAUGAAAUUGUGACAACAGGAUUGUAAAUUUGUUAUGAACAAGCUUGUAGUUUCUAGAGUAACAUCUGUGUUGGCAAUAAUCACAAGACAAGUGGACCCACAAAUCACACAGGCAUUUCUAAAUAAGAUUUUAGUGCUGGAAAGAGGAGAAUGCUAACACAUCAACUUGGGAAAUAAAUAUCUGCAGUCAGUUCUACAUGCAGGAUAGGAGGCCAAGAAGCAUUUAAAAAGGUUAUAUUGGGAUUUUUCGCUACACCCUUCGGUGAGAUUUGUUUCUGCGCUUCUAAACAAGUAAUAGAAAUGGUCUAUUUUGCAGGUUAGAAUUCAUUGUUUUGUAAGAUACGAAAUAUAGAUUUAUUUUUUAGAAAAUACACACAAAUGAUGGUUACUUUGGAUUUUUGUGAGUACAGUCAAAUAUGCACAAUAUAUAUCAGAAAAUGGGUAAUAAUGCCAAAAGACUACCAAUUGGUGGAUUACUUGGUUAAAUUACAAUACAACUGGCAAGCAGAUAGCACCUAAUAUUAUCUAUAAUGCAACUGCUUCACAUUUCAGGUUUGA